AUGGUGGCUGCCAUGACACAGCAAAGCACCGCUAUGAUGCAGCAGCACGAAGCAUCCAUGCAGCGACAGGCAGCGUCGUUGGAGCAGCAACAACUUGUGAUGCAGCAGAUGGAGGCUACUAGGGCAGCUGUUGAGGAUGCCUAUCGGCAGCAUAUGGAGUUCAACGGGAAGACUAGCCCAAAUGCAGUCGAUCAGUGGCUGAAGGACCUGGAGAGAAUCUUCGAUGCGAAGAUGUGCCCAAUAGAUAACAGGUUGGCUUUCACCGUCUAUAUGUUGACCGGGGAAGCUGAACAUUGGUGGAUGAGCAUGAAGUCCAUCAUGGAGGAGAGAGGAGAACCCGUGACUUGGGAGGCCUUCCGAGGAAAGUUCCUCUCUGAGUAUUUCCCCGACAGCGUCAGAUAUGCCAAGGAGGUGGAAUUCCUCCAGCUUACACAGGGAGGGAAGUCAGUGGCUGACUAUGCUGAGAAGUUCAAGCACCUCAACCGCUUCUAUACCUUGCCGCUCGACGAGGAGUGGAGAUGCCAAAAAUUUGAGAACGACCUCAGGGGAGAUAUUCGCUUGAUGGCCAAAGUAAUAGAGAAGAUGAAGAAUGAGGUAGAGGGUCAGCGGCCUCAACAGCCUCAAAGGAUUGGUGGACCAUCUGGGUCCAAACCCAGACAUGACGAGCGGAGGAGACCAUACGACAGACCUCACCAUCAGCAUCAGGGGUCUAGGGGUCCUCCUCCCCUGCAGGGUCGAGUUUAG